GAUCUGGUCUCUCCACACCCCCCGCCUCCCCGAGAUUCCCCAUGCCGAGCCCCCAAGGCGCCCGACCAGGAAAGAGCACUCGAGUGCUAGAAGCGCUGCCCAGCCGCCCUCCCCGCUGAUGCCACCCGGUCCCGCCCCUCUCCCGGGCGUGCUCGCGCCCGCGCUCGCGCUCGCGCCCGCCGCCGCCUCCGCAGCCGCCGCCGCCGCCAUCAUGAUCUGCCUGGUGCUGACCAUCUUCGCCAACAUCUUCCCCUCAGCCUGGACCGGUCUGAAUGAACGGACCUUCCUGGCCAUCAAGCCUGACGGAUUCCAGCGACGCCUGGUGGGAGAGAUCAUUGAGCGCUUCGAGAAGAAGGGCUUCAAGCUGGUGGGGCUGAAGCUGGUGCAGGCCUCGGAGGACCUCCUGAGGGAGCACUACGCGGCGUUGCGGGACCGGCCCUUCUACAGCCGCUUGGUCCAGUACAUGAGCUCGGGCCCCGUGGUUGCCAUGGUGUGGCAGGGGCUGGACGUAGUGCGCUCUUCCCGCGCCCUCAUCGGAGCAACCAAUCCUGCGGAGUCCUCGCCGGGCACCAUCCGAGGAGAUUUCUGUGUCGAAGUCGGCAAAAACGUUAUUCAUGGCAGUGACUCAGUGGAGAGUGCCCGCCGGGAGAUUGCCCUCUGGUUCCAUGCAGAUGAGCUGCUCUGCUGGGAAGACAGUGCAGAUCGAUGGUUGUACGAGUAGUUUGGCCCAGCUAAAGUAUCCUCCGGGUAUGACUGAGAAGAAAGGGAUUUUGCUUUAUGUACCAAAAACUUCCUCCGGGUCCAAGAUCAGACCCAUCCCUUGGCUUAAACUCCUGGUUUGCAAACAGGCAGGCCUGAGGGAGUAAAAUGUUCUGUAGGAAAAUUUCCCCUAGGCUGGUCCCUAGAUUGCUCUGCCACUCAAAAUCACCCAAGGGUAGGGUGUGAGGGGUUGGCUUUCUCCUGGUGAAAAGAAUUACCUGGGAAUGGGGGAAUAUUUAUCUGUAAGCUAAACUCAGAAGACUUGGAGUACUGAAGCCAGUGGAAAAUGUAACCGAAUUUGAAGUGGUCCCUGAAUUUGAAGUGGUCCCUGGGGAGAUAGAGCAGAUUUUUUUGGGGCAGAAAAUGUCAGUGCACCUUGCUCUGGCAAGUGUGUGCCAAGUCAUUUAGUGGUGAGGAAACCUAGAUAUGCUGUCAAGUUCUUCCCCCACUCCAUAAAUGCCUUUGGAGAACAGCACCAUUCCCUGAAUCUGACUAAAGAUGCUAGAAAUCAAACUGAAUUGGUGAGGCUGAGAAAGCUCAGUGAUAAUGGUCAUCCUGGGUGAUUGGGAUGGACAGAGUCAUCCAGUUCUGGUGACAGGUUAGGACCUGAAAUGAAUUUUGAGUUGUAGCCCCCUUUUCUCCUUUCCCUUAGGCAGUAUGUGUAUUAGCACAAACUAAAUGUAACAGCUUUUUAAAAAAAAAAAUUGUGAUUUUU